AACACAUGAGAACACACCAUGGUAGCAACACAACAUGGUAGCAGCACAAAACAUGGUACAAUCAUUAUUUGGCACAGUCAACAGCACAAAUGUCAAGAAGGUAGAGACAACAAUACAACACACAAAACAGUCAAGGUGCACAUAAAACUACACAGAGCUAGGGGGACCCAGUGAGAGGCAUGACAUUACAGUCAUAAGGUUUGUGCCUGGCUGGACAACGACGUGCCGAAUAGCACGUCUCAUUUCUUGCCUGACGACUCAUCCUGAAUUUAAUUCCGCUGCUAUAUCGAAUGCUUCCCGGAGAAGAAACGUUAGUGGGCGUUGCGUUUGCCCGGAGCGAUGUGGAUGGGCAGCUAGGCAAUCUAAUUUCGGCCAUUAGAUAAAACACACAACUUCCUUUCUCAGUUUUUAAAAAUAACAAAAACAGAGUUGUGUGGCCACUUUGUUAUUGUUUCAACAAGGACUCUAGCUUUGAGAGUAUAUUCUAGAUACCUGUAAAUAAUUUACAUCUGAAUCAAAUUAACAUAGGCCCAUGCCCUCUAUUUAAAGCCUUACGUUAUAUUAUGCAUAUUAUAAUACUGUUAUAAUGGGCUAUUUUAGAUUAUAUUGUAUAUAACAUUUUACUAUAGAUUACAGAAAUGUUAGGGUUAGUCUUAAUUAUAGAUAUUGAAUGAAAUAGUCAGCAACAUAGUGGACACCAUGCUGUAAUUCACGAAUAGUGACAAGCAGCAAAUCCAGGUCUAGAAAUUGUUAAAUUUUCUUAGUUAACAUGGAAAUUAGCAACAACCUGUCAACUGCAAUUUGUUUUCUGUCGCCCCCUCCUAUUUCUCUCUUCGUUUCCCCUACGUCAUUUCUGAGCGCCCUGUUGUAGGGGAGUUGUCAUGGCAACGGCGUUCUAUCUCUGCUCCAAACACUUCGUGGGCAAAGCACAUCUUUGAAUUUGUUUGGGUUCGUCUCCUGAUACCUGCCAAACUGUAAUAAAUAUUUGAUGACUAUUCUAUGUUACUGCCUAUUAAGUUGAAUGUCAAACCCCCGGGAGCAAAUGCUUGUAUGGUAUUGCUGAGGAAAAUGUCGAACUCGACCCACUUCAAUGGUAAGUUGUCUCGUCAACAGCCUUUCUUCUGGCUUCAGCUAACGUUAGAACAAGCUUCAUACUCAAGUUGCCAGUGUUUACCUAACGUUAACGUUAGUAGAUAGGGAGAAAUGUGGGGUUCUCUUGCUAGCUAGGAAUAAGGUUUAUGAAUCCAUUUAAUGGACAGAUUUUGUAAACAGGGUUAAUAAGUUUGUUAACGCUGAGUUAACACGUCAAAGGUUACACGUUUUCAGAUAUCCUACAAAUAGUUUUGCAACGCUUACAAUUCAUUAUAGGUUUCUUGCUGUUUGUGUAUAUAUAUCCACUCUUACCAACGAGCCUACAAGAUGAGUGCCGAAUUAGGGAUGUUUUUUCACUCUCAACAGAUUUCACCCCGAAAGGCUCAUCUUAGAAUGGACAAAUUCAAGGAAUGGGAUCAGGCACCUGUAGAAGUGGCUGAAGAGAGAAGUGUGGCAGUCGAGUGCCCAGGAUGGGACCAGAGCUGCCAAAUACCCAACAGGGGCCAUGUCGAUGCCCUUUUGGAUAUCAGCGAUGAUACCUCAUCCAAAGAGCAGGAGCCAUUUGAGUUUCUCUGUCUCUCCGGAUGGGAGGAAGCAAUUCGGGGCUGGGGUAGAACUUCUCCACUUGGCUGCCUGGUUCAGACCCAGAGGAGAGGAAAGAGGGUCAAGACUGGAGACACAGACCACCACUGCCACCUGUGUGUGGACCUUGUGAAGCUCUCUGACCCCCCUGACUCUGAAUCCAGUUUAACCCACUCCCCUGAGUCCUUCUGGGACUCCAACCUGGACCCAUGGGCGAAAAGCUCCCCCACAACCCUGGGAGACUUCCUGAACAGACCCUACAGUCACACCUCUAGCAUCUCUUCAGAGGAGUCCCCACCAGAGUCCUUCAGGGACCUUCAGAAAGCCACACAGCAACUGACACUCCGAGACAAGAUGAUGGAGGACAAGGCUGGGGUGUGUGAGAUCAGUGACUCACUGCUGGGCUCGGCCCCCUCGCAGGGUCACCACCACUCAGCCUCAGAGUGUCCCAUGACGCUGAUCAUCAACAGCUUCGCCGUCCUACCGCCCGUGAAGGCCUCCCAGCCCAGACACCCUAAGGUCACCAGCCAGCUCCGGAGGGGGGAGGCUGGACCGGGACGCAGCGCCUCAGACGGGGAGACCGCAGAGGCUGGGUCAGACGGUGUCACGCCUGCCUGGGAGAGCGGAGGAGGUGUGGAGAGCCAGCAGAGUCGCCACCUGUUGUCUGCAUUCAGCAUCCCUGUCCCCAAGAGAUGUGACAUGCCCCUCAGCACACUGUCAGAUCCUCUACCCCACACCACCUACCCCCUGGACAGACACCUCAGACAGGAUCCCCGGACCAGCAGUGCUCAUAGACUCUACUUUGGACUGAAGACCAAGAUCCUAAAGCGUGCAGAGCCCCAGCUGCCCAUUCUGUUUGGAACCAGGGUGCCCAUCCCAGCCUCUGCACAGAGACUACUCUGAACAGAGACUGUUACUUUGCACUCCAUACUCUCUCCCAACCCAAAAGCUCAGCCUCUGUGGGUUUGUGAUUAAAAAGAAACUUUGUGGAAUUUCUUCAUAUUUUUUUGUAUGAUAUUGAUGACUGUAUAAAAAAAAGAAGCUGUGACUAAUUCAACUUGGUCAUAUUAAACUACAUGGAAUUAACAUAUGAGUUUACAGAUUUGUUAGUUCUAUGUGAUUUAUAGGCUAUACCACCUCAGCCUUCCUUAGUUAUGAACCCUCCACGCACCUGGACAUGAGUGAAUAAUUUUAAAUGGAGUGAUGCAUGUGUGAUUUCAGUCCUACAUUUUGCAUGUGCUUUUAUUGUGGUGCUCACACUUGAGCUUUUAGUUACUCAGCAACUAUGCUACCUACUCUACAAUGCUGAGGUCUGGGUCGGUUUCUUGGAUUCCUGAAUGUUAAACUGCAGACAUUCUUAUGUCAGAACUCCUCAUCAAGACAAAACAUGAUAUGAGCCAUUGCAAAAGCAUGCUAGUGCACUCUAAUGGAAUGAGCAGUCAGUGAUUCUAGUGUUCCAACCCAUGUGAAGAUGUCAUUGGUAGCCUAUUGAAUUACAUGCUAGAAGUGAACCACACUGUAAUUGUAAGUCGCUCUGGAUAAGAGCGUCUGCUAAAUGACUUAAAUGUAAAUGUAAAUGUAAUUCUGAGGGGCUGUGACAGCAUAGGUGUGUGGGCGGAGGGAUUAGUAUCAUGUUCCAAAUGUCUUACACAAUUACAAUAUUGUAUUCAAACAGACUGAGCAUAAUACAUGUACAUAGCAAACUAACUUGUACUGCCACACAACCCAGGUGAAAACUGUGACUGACAUUUACUGAAAAAGAGCACAUUGAGUGUGUACAAUAUUGAGUAUGGUGUUGUAAAUCAAAAGUAGUGUGUGCUUUAACCAGUAACAAAAUAUUUGACUUGGCUUUAUACAGCUCUGCAUUACUGUCCUUUGAUUUGAAGUGUACUGGAACUAAGCUAGUACAAACAACCAGCUAAUACAUCAACUCAAACAAUAAACCCUUUACGAAGAGUUUAUUAUGAGCGUCUGCUGAAUAGCACCAACAAAAUAAACAGCGAGAGGCAACCUUCAUCGACCCUCUACACAUUCAGGCAACUGAAAUACAACAGAUGAGGCUGCAAACAGAAAUGCAACUGAAAUAAAUUAUAUUGGCACCAAAGACUGCAUGCACUCCCUACUGAGAAAAACCAAAGCGCUGAAGUUGACAUCCCCAUGUAGCACGGUUAGGAUCAAUUCCAUUUAAUUCAGGAAGUACAUAGAAAUUCCAGUUCUUUUCAAAAUGAGGAAAAUUCAGAAUUGGUAUUUGGUUUACUUUACUUUCUCAAUUGCCUGGAAUACAAAUAGAAUUGACUUCAACCCUGCCAUGUAGUCUAAUUUACAUGUUUUUUUAAGCAAGGCAGUUUCUCCCCUAAGCGCAAGAACGAUAAAUUAAACAGAAGUAGUGUUUUCAGUACAGCACAAUACAUUGUUAUGAAAUGUGGUUGAGUAUGAAAGUCUGUUAUAUAAACUGGAAUGAGACAGUCCUGUUUCGAUUACUUUAAGAUGCAGUGCAAAAACUAAGCCAUGUUGUGUAGUAUGGGCACAGUGUCAUGUAGGCUACAUUCUGCCGUUUCUGGGUCCACUUCUCCACAUAUUGAUAGUGUACCACUGUAGGGCGAAUGCUGCCUUGGAAACAAAUACUGCAUUGCAUUCUUAUAACCUGGAUGUGUAACACAAAACAGCUUUUUCCAAAUACAACUCAUAGAAGGCAUUCAAACAUAUUCAACAUGCAAAUUAAAGACACUCAUGUAUUUGAAGUAUUCUUCCAAGACACCCUCCACAAAUAAAUAUAAUGUAAAUGUUAAAUCCAUUUUGAUCCUGAACUUCUUCCUACCUCGUAAAGCUGCUUAGAGCAUCACUGACCAACGGAAACAUAAAAUGCACCAUGAAAAAUACUUGUCUUAAGGCACCAACAGAUCAAAAUCCAACAUGGAGAAAUACUCUAAACUUGGAGCUUUUUUGUGAAGUUCACAUUCAAUAAAACUGUCUCAACAAAUGUCUGU